UGACUUCAAGCCAGUUGGCAUGGACCACUGAAGGUGGUCUGUAAUUGCCCAUCUUAAGGGUUAAAGUGUAAACACAAGCUAAGAUGACCCUUUACAGGAGAAAAUGCAAUCCAGAGCUCUGAAGCUUAAAGAAGUCUGUUAUUACGCAUCUUGAAGGAAGGACACGCGAAUCAAUGUAAAUAAACAAUCGAUUUGAUCGCAUGCAGGAAAAUGUUUACCUUAAUUGUUUACCAUUUUCAUCUUAUCCUCUUGGCUCUUAAUCUUCAUCAUCUAUCUUAAAAUUGUUAACCUCAAGGAAGCGGUAAAAACCAAAGACGAUAAUACCAAAGUAGGAUUUCGAGGCUUUGUGGUAAGGCAAGUAUAAAAGUCAUUCAUGUCAGCACAGACGACUGACAGAGAGACAGAGAGACUAAUAAAAUGAAUAUCUCUAGUGAUCCCAUCAUGAUUGAGCUCAAUUCAUCUUAUUGCUAUUCCACCUAUGAUGUUGAUAUCUCUUUAAUAUCACUGGACCCGUUUUUAUCAGUAAUAUCACCAUCACAAUCAUCAUCAUCUCCACAGUCAUCAACGUAUUCAAGUACAGACUCCAAAUUAAUGGUUAAAAGACGAUUAGUUGGCUCCAAGAAAUCAUUUGACGGACGAAAAACUGCCAAUGCAAGGGAACGUGCUCGGAUGAAAGUCCUUAGUAAGGCCUUUUCAAGAUUAAAAAGCUCAUUGCCUUGGGUACCAAAUGAUACUAAACUGUCCAAACUAGAUACCUUGCGAUUGGCAUUGAGAUAUAUUAAUUAUUUGGCUUUGCUGCUUAAAGAUGGCCAAGAUAAAACUUUUACAUCAAAUGGAGAGUCCAAUUGCUUCACAUUUACUAAUUGGUCAACUAUUCAACAACAUGAAAGCUAUCAAUAUCAGAUUAACUCUGAAUCUACCACAAUUGAACACACAGAUCUACAAGAGCUAUCAACCUCGUGUCCAUCAACAUCACCAAACAACAUUGACCAGGAUGUAUAUAACUUUGAAUACAAUUUUUAUCAACCAUAAAAUAUCUGUGGCCUUAAUCACCCAAAUGGCAGCUGUUGAACUAUUGAAUUGGUUUGUAACGAUUGAUGAACCAAGAAGCUUGAAAGUGCCAUUGCAGACAAAUUGGAUUCCAAUAACAAAAUUAGCUGAUU